UAAAAUUAGGAUUAUUUAUCUAUUUCCCCAAAACAGCAUUAAAAAAGGCCGCUGAAAACGAUUUUUAACCGCAUUCUUACUACUAUAUUUAUUUUGUACCUGAUUGUUCCGCUCCCAUACAAAGUGGUCCUCUGCACUGCGGUGUGAGCCGCCAGCACAGUAAGGAAGGUCACGUUCUAAAGCGGCCCGUCCGUCACUAGCGGGUGCUGGAGAAAAGGGGGACUGCGCAAAAAACCACGGUCCGGAUUUGUGCCUGUCUGACGUCAUGGGGAGCCACAGACCUCUCUGACAUGAUCCAGAGACGACGAGCGCCGGGUGGACUCCCAUCAACAUCCACAGCAAAGACCGAGGCUGGGAGAUGCCGAGUAGGCUUUGUGUCAUGGACUCCCCGGUGAAAGCCAUCGAUUGACGGACAUCGUUUCUGCCAUUGGAACCCCCCCCCCCCCCUUUUUUUUUUUCUGCGUUUAGCGACUCCUACGGCGCCUUUCUGCUUCCAAACCGGCGGCACCGUUAGAGAUAAGCAGCCAGGGAGCGAGGACUAAUCCCCGGGACGGUCACAUUCACGACCCGACAGAAAUGGACAGGGCAGCACGAACUGGAUUAAAUGAUCGGGAAUAAAGGGACGGAGCGGCUCUGACUGAGGUGCCCCGUAACGCCGCGCGGCGUUCAUCUGACUGGAAAUGGGAGCUUUAACGAGCAGACAGAACAUCGGCGUGGAGGAAGUGGAUAUUCCGUCCAACUCCGUGUACCGAUACCCCCCGAAAUCCGGGAGCUACUUCGCCAAUCAUUUCAUCAUGGGUGGAGAGAAGUUUGACUCCACCCAUCCAGAGGGCUACCUGUUUGGGGAAAACACAGACCUGAACUUCCUGGGGACCAGACCAGUAGCGUUCCCAUAUCCAGCUCCUCCACCUCAGGAACCAGUAAAAACCCUACGAAGCCUUAUAAACAUUCGGAAGGACACACUGCGGCUUGUGAGGUGCAGCGAGGACCUUAAAUUACCAGGUGAUGAGGCGGCGGGAAAAAACCGCGCCUGCUACAACGUAGAGUUCACCUUCGAUGCGGACACACAGGUGGCCAUCACCAUUUAUUACCAGGCUAUAGAGGAGUUUCACAACGGAGUGCCAGUUUACUUGCCACAGGACAGUUCUCUGCAGUCUGAGACAGUACACUUCAAGAGGGGGGUGUGCCAGCAGUUCUGUUUGCCCUCGCACACCGUCAACCUCAGCGAAUGGGCUGACGAUGAGCUCCUCUUUGACGUGGACAAGGAGAUCUUUCCCAUGGUUGUGCAGGCUGUCGUAGACGAAGGAGACGAACACUUGGGUCAUUGUCACAUACUGCUGGCUACAUUUGAGAAGCACAUGGAUGGGAGCUACUGUGUGAAGCCUCUUAAGCAGAAACAAGUGGUGGAUGGAGUGAGUUACCUGCUGCAGGAAAUCUAUGGGAUUGAGAACAAAUACAACAGUCAGGAAUCAAAGGUUGCUGAUGAUGAGAUCAGUGACAACAGCGCAGAGUGUGUUGUGUGUUUGUCUGAUGUUCGAGACACACUCAUCCUGCCUUGUAGACACCUGUGUCUCUGCAACGCUUGUGCAGAUACGCUGCGGUACCAGGCCAACUGCUGUCCCAUCUGCAGACUGCCGUUCAGAGCUCUGCUGCAGAUCCGAGCCAUGAGGAAAAAACUCAGCCCCAUAUCCCCCACCAGCUUUAACCCCGUCAUCACCUCUCAGACCUCGGACUCCGAGGAACACUCGGCAUCUGAGCACAUCCCUCCAGGAUAUGAAGUGGUUUCUCUCCUAGAGGCCCUUAAUGGGCCCCUAAACACCUCGUCAGUGGCCCCUGCUCCUCUCCACUCCGGUCCCAGCCACGUGUCCGGAGCGCUGCUGCCAUACAGCGGCGAACCACACCCAGUUCCAGCCUGCUCCACUCUCGACCACUCCAACUCCAGUCAGGGACUCAAGCUGAAGAAGAGUGCUUCAAAGUCUAUUUCCCAGAAUUCCUCUGUGCUUCCUGAGGAGGAGGAUGAGAAAUGCUGCAGUGAAUCAGAUGUCUGUCGCCAUAAGCUGCCAGUGGACCAGCAGGAGUGCGGAGUGACUCCAGACAGCGAGAACCUGACUCUAUCCUCAUCUGGAGCCAUCGACCAGUUGUCUGGCACUGGUACCCCUCUCUCUUCCACAAUCACCUCACCUGAAGAUCCAGUGAGCAGCAGCCUCGCCCAGUCAGUGAUGUCCAUGGCCUCUUCCCACUCGCAGCACUCCCACAUCAGCACUGACACCAUGUCCUCAAUGUCAGGGUCCUACCUGGCCGGGGUUGAUGGCGAACCUGGAGGCAACGGUGGAGGAGACGUGGAGGGCGUGGAGAACCCAGAUGCCCACAUUGAGAGCAGGGGACCAUCGCGGCAGGAUGCGGAUUUUUCUGUGGAGUCAAAGGCGCAUAAUUACUCCAUGGCUGUGGAAGAACAAGACUCAGAGGGGAAUGAUGUUGCGGAAGACGACUGUUCCUCCCCAUCUAAUGGCAAAGGUGGGCGGAGCAGAUGUCCAGAGUUGGCCAAUAACAAUCAGGGCGUCGCCCACUGCGACACGCCCUCUUUGGGGUUGGAUAACGAGCAGACUCCCGACAGCCGAUUCGCCGAUCUCAUGUACCUUGGGGGCUACAGGGCCAUUCUGGAGCCUCGGUCCCACCACACCUCUACCAGCAACAUCAACCUGGAGGAGCAAGGGGCGGAGAACAGGGACGGCCAAAGUCCUAAAGAUCCUCGCUGCGGACCACUCAUUGUUUAACGCUGUCACACAAACACAUUGUAAUGCCUGGAGUCGGCUCUUCCUGUCCCUCACCCUGACAUAGUGCUGCAACACUGGAGCCCAUCAAAGCUGACCAGGGAAACGCAUCCCCACCCGUCUCUAAAAGUGUAGUAGCUGGCGCUGAAACCCUGCUGGAUUAGAAAGAGGAAGAAAGACGAACCACCUCUCCAUUGUCAGUGCACUUUGAGUUAUCUUGUAUCUGUAACUUGUUGUUGGAAUGAUUAGCCUUCCACUAUGUUAUUAUUUAUUUUCAGUGAUUUUAACGGGCUGCAUAUUGUGAAAGUAUCUUUAGAGAAACAUAUGCUGCUCCCUCUUCUUUCUGUUCCCUCCUUCCAACCAGCCAACAGGUCAGGGGUUUCUGUGAUCGGCAAUCAGAUUUAAUACUUCUUUGUUAUUUAACUGUGCUGAAUGAGUGACUGGACACUUUUGACACUAAGCGUCAGCUCUCACCGGACUACCUUACUGGAGUGAAAGACGCUGACCAUUCUCCUUUGAUCAGAAGUUUGCAUGCAGCUUUUAAGAUUUAGUCUCACUUUUCCAAUACAGCCAGCUCUGAAUGUGAAUCCACAGGGAGGCAGACUUCCAUGAGACCUGAAAUGAACUGAUGGAGUUGGGGGCAGCACAGAAUGUAGGAUGCUGAAUAUGAAUCUCAUUGAAAGGGAAUGUAUGGGACCCCUAAAUCGUCACACAAACUGGACUAAAAAACAAACAAACAAGCGUUUGACAUCAAACGUAUUGCUGUUCUGUCCUCCUGCUCUCAUCUUAGCAUGUCAGUAUUACUGUAGUGCAACCGGAAACACCUGAGCAAUAAGAAACACUGCUGCUCCACCUUUUCUGCUCAUUUGCUGUUCAAGCAAUGGUUAAAAACUGUUUGCACUAGCCUGUCCUACGCCAACCCAACUUUCCAGUGUAUUUUUUUCAUUUUGUAUUUUCAGGUUGCCAUUGUAAAGGGAUUUAUUGUGAGAACAAGUUCCUACAGUGAACCCCAAAUGAUUUAGUCUAGUCUGCUAGCAUUUUCCUUCUCUUUCUGUUUCUUGUCCUCAUCAUCCAAAUUUCAUGUUUGUGAAGCUUUUAUUUGUUUUGGGUUUGUGUAACUAUGAUGUAUCGAUAUACUUUUACCUGUUGAAGCUUUCCUGUUUGUGUUUUAGUUUGAAGAACACUGUGUUUGCUUACCAGAAUGUGGAUGAAAGUAUGUGACACUUUUUCUAAGGGUUUACAUGCAAACAGAAUACUCCACUAGCGAUUUACUGAAAAGGGACAGUAUCUUCAUUUGAUGAACUAUUUGUUGAUUCCUAGACACAUACAUGUACACUGCACUGCAUGGGGCGAUGAAAAGAUAAGCAUGUUCACUGAGAUUGGCGUCUCGUAGGUGGAUCGUGGUAAAGCCGGACCUUGUCCUUAUGUAGUGUUACACUUGAGUUUCUGUCGCCUUUUUGCAUUGGCUGAACGUUCAAGUUCGAGACUGCUGAACUGCUAGAUGCAGGCUGCAAACGUGUCAUCGGAAAUUUGAAAACAACUCUAGCAUCUGUCACAGUAUCAAAAGAAAACAACCUGAGAGGCCCCACUUUUCUAAAGUGAAAAUGUAAAUGAGGACUCAAAAUUAACAAUAAAGUUUUUUUUCAAUUAAA